AUGGGUGGUAUAGAAUUUCUCUUAAUAUAUACAUUAAACUUGGUAGAUCCUCCAAGCGGUAAAGGUCUUCUUUUAACCUCACAUCAGGACGAGACACAUAUUUCCCUGAGUCGAAGUAAAAUUCAAAUUCAAGACACUUUAACUUUUACGAAAUCAGAUUAUAUUGCAAAUGAGAAAAAUAGUAAUAUCGUUGCUACCAAAGUUAUUGAGGAGAUAGAACAUGGAGAUGAUAACGAGGAUGAUUUAGUCGAUGAAGAUGACACCGUUGAGAGUUACCUUAGCAACACAAAUAACAACAAAAGUAAUGAAACAAAAAUAUACACAGCUGAAUUGACUAAUAGGACUAAUGCAGUUUUGAAAGAAGUGAGUAAAGGCGAAUUGAGUAAUGAUACAUCUAUCUGUUCCGCUGCUGGAGAUAUCUUAGGCGAGAAAUGUAAAGAUAUUACAUUAGUUCAAAAUCAGACAGCACCAACUGUUAAAAGCGAUAGCAAUUUAGGAUUUCCAUGGUUUGACAAGAAGUGGAGUUUUAAUGCAACAGCCGCAGAUGAACUAAGAACACAAUUGGAAGAAUCAUGCCAUACACGAGAACUCUUUUUAACUACAAAGCAAAAUGUUAAACAGAAUUCGACAUUGCAGUAUGAAGGAGAACCAAGAAAAAGAUUACUUAUUACAUCACAAGUACACAAUAUUUUACCAAAGGAAAUGCCCUUUGUUAAUAAAACAUUGAAGAAAUGUAGUGUCGUUGGUAGCAGUGGUAUCUUACUUGGAAGUAUGUGUGGCCAACAAAUUGAUGACUCAGACUUUGUAGUCAGACUUAAUUUGCCAGGUGUUUACAAUUAUCGCAAAGAUGUUGGAUCAAGAACUGAUUUGGUCUCAUGCAAUCCAACAAUUCUAAAAUCAACUUACUCAGGUCUUCAAACCAGGGAAGCAAGACAAAGUUUUAUUGAAGCGCUUAAAGAAUAUGGAAAUGCUUCAAUUUAUUUACCAGCAUUUGCCUUUAAAACCUGCACAGAGUCAUCGUUCAGAGCUUAUACAACGCUGCGAUCCACUACCAGGGAAGUUGUAUUUGCUCACCCAACCCACAUGUGGUUGGUCAGGAAGUUCUGGAAUGAUCAAGGAGUAGGAGCUGUCAGGAUUUCAUCCGGACUAUUGCUGUUCACCAUUGCUAUGGGACUGUGUGAUGAGGUUCAUCUCUAUGGUUUCUGGCCCUUCCAGGAAGACAUGCACGGUAGACCAGUCUACUAUCACUAUUUUAAUGAGAAUGCUUAUAUGCUUAACAAGAAGAAGAAGAAAAUGCACUGGCAUGAGAUGCCAUCUGAAUUCAAACAGUUGCAAGAUUUACACAUGAAAGGUGCCAUCCAUGUGCAU